AUGGACGCUGCAUUGCCCCAGUUCAGCAAGGUAUUGGUUAAGAAGUACCCCCAGGAGUCGGACGUGGAGUUCACGUUUCACAAAAUAGAGCUUAGCGAUAAAAUUAUACUAAAUGUUCAUACAAAUGGAAUAAUCGAUACAACGUUUGAUAUUCCGAUAUCUUCGAAAGCAGCCAUUAGUUCAACCACCAACUCAAUUGAUAGUAGUGAGGAAGGGUUGGGGGUCGAGCCAAUCAUAUUGGUGGGAGACUCUAGUAAUUUGAAGAUACAAAUCAUAGCCAGUCAAAUAGGAAAAUUGAUAUUACUACUGGCGAAUCCCAAAAAUUUGAUAUUAUCAAUCGGAUCGAGAUGGUUUGGUAAAGGAGAUGAGGUAAAGGAUGACGAUUUUGAAAAAUUGAUGUUUGUUUUAGCUAAUAUAAAAGAAAUACUCUGA